AUGGUAGAAGAACCACAGACCCCAUCGAGCAAAGGCUUCGGAGCCGAAAUAUUCAAGAUCUUUGGAGGAGGUGGCAGUGGCAGCGCUCCCAGUAACAAUCCACCGAAGAAGACCACGCGAGAUGGUCAACAACCCAAACGUCGCGGCCCCAAGCCGGAUAGCAAGCCGGCACUCACCAGACGGCAGGAACUGAACCGUCAGGCCCAGAGGACACAUCGCGAGCGGAAGGAACAAUACAUGAGAGCACUAGAGACCGAGGUCUCACGGCUACGAGAGGCUUACACCACCGAGAUCGCAGAGGCCAACGCAUCAGUCCAACAACACAAAGAGCUGAUGCAUUCGAUACGAGAGGAGAAUGAGAUCCUGAAGGAAAUUCUCACAGCGAGCGGAAUUCAAUACGAAGCGGAUCUAGAACGCCGCCGGGCGGAGCGCCCACCGAUGAUGGCCUUCCAAUCGAGCCCUCUUACUGCCGCCGGCAGCAGCACUGCGUCGCAGAGUGCGCCUCUCGCCCACUCUGCCAGCAACCACAACACAACCCCUGCAACCACGAUCUCAUCCGGCAUGAGCCCUCGCGCAAAUGGCAUGGAUCACUCGGAGAUCUCGCCCGCGAUUGGAUAUACAUCCCACCAGCAAGUGUACCACGCGGGUGCAGGCGAGCAUUCCAUGAACAUGGAUCAUUCAUCGUGCGCCCCCGUUGAUACCAUGCAGCCCAUGCCGAUUACGCGGGGAGGUGUCUUCGAAACGGAUCCCCAGUUGCAGGUUGACUUUAUCCUAACACUUGAAGGCCCCUGCCGCGAACAUACGGACUACCUCUGCCGACGGUCAGUCACAGAAGCCGAUGACGAAGACAUGCCGUUUUCCGGACACGCCUUGAUGGCAACAUGCCCACCGCCGAGCUAUAUUGCGAAAACAACGCACGAACAACCAUAUCCACACAAGGCGCCGGAUCUCCCACAUGCAAAUCUCAGCACCCUCCUCAACCUCAGUCGACAACUCGUGACAGAAGGACAAAUCACACCCAUCAUGGCGCUGCAAUGUCUCAAGAACCACGAGCUGUACCCGACGCUGCGACGCGACGAUAUCAAGAUCAUCAUGGACACUCUCAACACCAAGGUCCGCUGCUACGGCUUCGGCGCUGUGGUCGAGGACUUCGAGUUGAUAGAUUGUCUAAGCAGCGUGCUCGGCACCAAGGUUGAGCUCGGCAUGUCUGGCACAGCCGACGACACGAUGUAUGGUUGA